UCUCUAAGGGGUUGAGCCCUUAAAACAUAAGCCUACACCCAAUCCAACAAACUUUGGAAGGAGGCCCGACCCUUUAGCACUGUUCGAAAAGUUGGAGGAAAUGCCAGUGGAAGAAGGAAUGUGAAAUGGCUUCAUCCCUUUGCUUAAACAGUUGUGCUGCUGUCCCAGGGGCUGCAAAACAAAUUCUUUCCUCACUAAUACUACUACACAAAUUCCCUUCUUCUCUUGGCCACAAAUAUUGCAUUUCCAAAAGUUCUGCUUCCCUUUCAGUUCCCAUUACAGAUAAAAAGGAGAUUAGGAGUACUGACUUGGUGGCUCUCGAGUAUGCCGACCUUAACCUCACUGACAAGAUUUCUCAGGAGUUGGGUCAUGUAAGAAUUAGGCAACAUGUCAACCCUCUCAGUUCAUCUUUCUCCGUGCCAGCACCUGUACCUAAUUGGGAUGAAGCCUUCAAGGAUCCAACAUUGCCACUUAUGGUGGAUAUUGGAAGUGGAAGUGGCAGAUUUCUCUUAUGGCUUGCGAAACAAAACCCUGAUUCACAAAAUUAUUUGGGACUGGAAAUACGAGCAAAACUGGUUAAACGUGCUGAGUUUUGGGUAAAGGAGCUGGCUCUUAGUAACAUACAUUUCAUGUUCGCAAAUGCUGCAGUUUCGUUCAAACAGUUAGUAUCCACUUACCCUGGACCUUUGGCGCUUGUUUCAAUAUUGUGCCCGGAUCCUCAUUUCAAGAAACGACAUCAUAAAAGAAGGGUUGUACAGACGUCUUUAGUCAAUUCCAUCUUAACCAGAUUGAUGCCUGAAGGAAAGGUUUUUAUACAAUCUGAUGUCGUAGACGUUGCCGAAGACAUGAGAAAGCAGUUUGAUGAAGAGUCGGGUGUACUUCAACACAUUGACACGGUUGACCCUAGCGUGUUAUGUGACAAUGAGGGAUGGUUACUGAACAACCCAAUGGGUAUCAGGACGGAAAGAGAAAUACAUGCUGAAUUCGAAGGUGCGAAAAUUUACCGGAGGUUGUACCAGAAAAGAAAAGGGUACUAGAUUGAGGCCGUAUGAAUCUCAUAGUGAUAUGAGAAUACAGAGGCAACUUAAAAGGCUGAAAAAAGAAUGGAGUGUGCAUUGUAGGAAUUUUGGUACUGCCUUGAGAGAAUACAUUUUGGAAGGUUAUAUUUUCAUACUUAAAUCCGUAAAAUCGAUAUAAAAGGAAGGUCUUUUAUUGACACGUUGAAGUGGCAUGUAGUUUUUCCAUUUUUUUUUUUCCUUGACAUUACAAGACAAUGAUCAAAUUUUAAAUUUAGUUUUUA